AUGAGGCUCGCCAUCGUUUUCUCGACGGUCAUAUCCGCUGCAGCGGUGCUGGUUCAAGCCAGCCCUGCGCAAAAUGACGCCGCCGUUGCCGAUUACAUCAUCAAGUGGUGCCAGAAUGCCAACUACCAAGGGACGUGCGUGGAGACACGACGCGGCGUUGUAGGAAAGUGCUACAACGUGGAUGCGGCAAAUGUCGGCAAGCUCGGCUCUGUGCAGCAUGACCCAGGUCUGACGUGCUACUACUACUCAAAGGCUGCGUGCGACGGCAGCUUUGCCGCCCAGGCUCAGAACACCACGACACUCCCGCCGGGCAACCAGAUCAAGUCGUGGAUGUGCGACCUGACUUCGCAGCUCAGCCCGCCUUAA